AUGCAAACUACACACUCUUCCCUCCCAAGCUGCUCUUCAGCUGCCAUAACAACUCCACUCCCUUUUCUCAAAAAACAACUUCAACGAGUUGCCAAUGCCCGUCCAAAUUCUUAUGCCCGAAAGCUAGCCAUUCUUGUCCACUGGGAAGAGGACGAGAGCAACGCUAAGGAGGAUAUCAACACGAUGGAAGCUAUCAUGAAAACCUUUGGUAUUCAGUCCAUCGUGCAUACACUUCGUCAAAAAGGGCCGGCCACUAUAUGGAACUUGCUCUCUCGGAUCCAAAAGAUGCUCGGGGAAUGCCACGCAACCGACGAAAAUUGUCUGUUCGUUUUCUAUUACGCCGGCCACGGGUCCAUCGAAGAAGGCAGCCUGCAUUUUGCUCCGAUUGAAGGAGUCUCCAGCCAAUCUUCGGUGGAGUGGUCACGGGUUUCUGCUACUUUGUCUGAUGAGCACUUGACGAAGAUCGACGUGUUUACGGUGUUGGACUGUUGUUUUUCUGGUUUAGCCACGAGAAGCAGCUCCCGGCGGGUGUGUCAUAUCAUAGCAGCGUGCGGCUACAAUGAGAGUACCACUGCACGAGGCUGGUCUAUCUCAUUCACCCAAAGAAUUUUCCGGGCGGUGCAGCACCUCCGUUCAGCUACACAUACAACCACAGCAGAGCUUUUCGCCGAAAUACAACGACAAAAACCAAAGCUUGCCCCUAAUGCCGUGUUUAAGACCCUUGGCGGCGGCGCUCAGCCCAUCAAGCUUCUGUUCAGCCCCGCCGGUUCACAGUCGCUAUCCUCAUCGCCAUCGAGAAUUCCGCGCUUGGCAGCAAGUAAGAAUGUGCUAGUCAAGUUAACUAUGAAGGGAGAUGGUCACCAUGCGUUUUCUACAUUUAAAGAAGCAAUUACUGGACUUCCAGACGUCCUCUCAGUGGACGUAUUGGAUGCUUACGACACCGACCAUUCAUUUUUUGUGCUAUUAAAAAUGACUUGGGAGUGUCUGUGUUACUGGUCUACAGUGCUUGAUGUGGAACUGGUAGGAGUGAUCCACGGACCGUCAUUAGUUCACAGAGAACUCGCCGAGAUCCCUACCCGCGGCAGAAAUGAAAACCGCAAGGAAAAUCGGCAAGCUACCGGACAAGAGAAAACCGAAUAG